AGGCUCCUAGGGCAGCCUUGCUGCCUUAUUAUCACCAUCAGACAUCUCUCCUCGGAACCCGGAACCCGUAUACGAUGUGGAAGACCAAUGGAUGACACCGGUUCUUACAAAGCGAAUGCGAUUCUGUGGGGAAUCUGACGGCGAGGCGGGCCAACUCCUUCGCCCGAUCAGCUGAAUAUAAACAGCAAUGGAGCAACCGUAAUACGGACUCGCUCGCCAACAAACAAAUCCAACGAAAUCUCACCAACAUCGCUACUCCGAAGCCAGGCCCAGAAACGCUUUCCAAAAGGACCAAAAGAAAAAGGGAGGAAAAAAUGUCGGAAGUACCAGUGAUCCAGAUCCUCGACAAGAAGAACUACUUCAAGCAAGCCCUCGUAGCUUACCCUAACGCCCUGCCGCUCCCGCCCUUGGCGGAAUCGUCCCUGCGAAUCCGGACCGAGGUGAUCAGCAUAACCACGAACAACUUCUGCUACUGCAAGCUGGGCGACGUGUUCAACUGGUGGAGCGUCCACCCGAUCCCUCCGGACACGCCGGCGCCGUACAGCGACGCCGCAACGUACGGUCGCAUCAACGCCUGGGGGUACGCGCGCGUGCUCGAGUCCACCUUCGCCGCCGUGCCCACCGGCAGCUACGUGUGGGGGUACCUGCCGAUCGGCACCUUACCGCUCGACUUCCGCGUCGCGCCGGGCGCCGUGCCGGGGCAGUUCCUCGUCACCGAGCCGUACCGCCAGCAGCUGCUGCCCGUGUACAACCGGUACACCUUCUUCCCCGCACCUUCGGCCGCGGCGCUAGCCGACCGCAUCGCCGCCAAGGAUGACGGCGUCGCGUACGACGCCCUCGUCAAGGUCAUGCACCUGACCGCCUACCUCAUGGACCGCUUCAUGUACCCGGCGGACUCGGCGCGCUCCGUCAGCCUGCGGCCCGAGCAGGCGGACCUGUCGAACGCGACCGUCGUCGUGUUCGCGCCCGGGUCCAAGGUCGGGCUCGCGUUCGCGCACCUCCUGCGGCAGCGCCAGAAAGGCGCCGGCAAGCCGCGCCGCGUCGUCGGCGCCGCGAGCGAGGCCUCGCUGCCGUUCGUGCGCGGCACCGGGGUCUACGACACCGUUGUGUCGACCACCGCCGCGGACCCGCUGACCACGCUCGCGGAUCUAGAUAGUACUAAUGCUGAUGUCAACGCUGAGAGUAAAGAUAAGAAGGUCGUGAUCUAUGACUUCGGCGGCCGCGCCGGCGUGGCUUGGAAAUGGGCCGCGGCGAUCGGGGCCAAGUACCCGCGGACGCGGUACGUGGCCGUCGGCAUAGAGGUCUCGGACCCGACGACGGCGGGGGAUGCGGCGCAACAACCCGCGAAGCCGGACGGGUUGGAGGUCGAUCAGGUCAAUGCCGAUGGGAUGCUGACCGCAGCGGUGGGACAGGUGGGCGAGAAGGAGUUCUUCGAGGGGUUUGAGAAGUCGUGGAGCGGGUUUAGGGAGGAGGGGAUUAAGGGGUUUCAGAUUCGAUGGGGAGAGGGCAUAGAGAGUGUGAAGGAGGGGUGGGAUCGGUUUGCGAGGAACGAGGUGACGGCUGCGGAGGGACUUGUGUUCAAGCUGUGAGAAAUGGUUGUGUUAGUUCAAAGGAGUACGGGCCUAGUAUGAGCGGUAAAACACUUGUGCUGCCACUCAUCGUGAUACAAGCGAGAGAAUGAGAUCGAGGAGGCUUCCUCAGAGGCCGACAUACUCACAAUCCAGCGAUUAAGAACACGUUCUUCACUUCUUCACGAGUCGUGGUGUAUUAAGCAGGAAGAAAUCAAUUUUUAAGAUAUACCGUAAAUCAUUAGUAGGUA